AUGCCGCCAAAAAACAAAGUCUGGAAACAUUUUGAAAGGAACCCUGACAAGUCAGCCACUUGCAGGUACUGUGGUGCAUUAGUGAAAACAAGUGGGUACACCUCAAACCUGAUGGGCCACCUGGAGAGGAAGCACCCCGAAAUGCUACACCUCCCCAGCUCAUCCACCGGUAAAAUGCGAAUGGUGAGCGCGGAGUGGGACGAGGCCGUGGCAAACGUCGAAGGAGAGCAGCAACCGCUGGAGCCGAGCCCGACGGCCGCGCCGCCGCAAGUACGGGCGAGGCAGGUGACCAUCACUAAUGCUUUCCAAAGGGUAAACGAGGGUAAAGAUGAGAAAAUAACGAAGGCGAUUGUGAAGAUGGUGUGCAGGGCCGGUUAUCCCUACAACGUUGGGGAAGACGAAGCGUUCAGAGACUUGUUUGAAGUGCUGGCUCCUCUGUAUACCAUGCCAACCACGAAAGCCAUCAUACAGCGGAUCAGGGAGAAAUACAAAGCCAUAAGUUCCAGGGUGCGGGAAAUACUCGCUAACAAUCCUUGCAGCCUCUCGAUGGACUCCUGGACGUAUGAGGAUGGCUAUACUUGCCACAGCCUCACAGCCCAUUACUACAACGACGAGGAAGAACUGUGCAGCGCGACGCUCGGCGCCGAAGUGCUCGAGGAGUGUACAAGCGAGGACCUCGCCAAGCAGCUGAAACACUGGUGCCGCAAGUGGGGCAUAAGGCCAGAAACAGAGAACGUGACAGCUAUCGUGACGGACGGUGACGCAUUAAUGAAAGAAGCAGCGGAGUUAGCGUUUGGGAGAAAAAAGCACAUUUCCUGCUUCGCCCGCGGGCUUAAUUCGGUGGUGGAAGCAUGUCUCGGGAUCCAGGCCGUGUCGCCACUUCUUUCUAAAGCCAAGGCAGUCGUGGCAUGGUUUGAGGAGGACGAUGAGGCUGCUGAGGAGCUGAGAAAGAUAAGUAGAAAGCGGUUGACCCAGUCAGUCCCCACCAGGUGCAACUCGACGUAUCAUAUGCUGCAGCGGCUGAUAGAGCUGAGGUUUCUCGUCAGUGAGAUCAUUGACCGCCAACCGGACGCGCCUCCCAUGUUGACUGAUCCGGAAUUAGAGGACGUGGGUGAAAUUCUGGAAAUAUUGGAGCCCUUUCAAGCGGCAACAAAGCUGCUUGUUGAGGAGCACUACUUGGCCGGUAGCAUGGUGAUACCAGUUACUUCCAUAAUCCUUGAUAAACUUGAGAGGCUACACCCAAACAAGGUUGCUCCAUUGAACGUUCUAGCUGAAGCCAUUGGUGGCAUGAAGAGAAGCUUUGGCACAGUAGAGCAUGUGUUUUUAUUAGCAGUUGCCACAUUUUUAGACCCCCGCUUCAAGAACAUGUACUUCAGCGAUCCUACCACAUUGUCCAAACAAGUGCGUUUUUUUAGAUACUCUAUGAAUUCCAGUGACUCUGGUUCCUCAUCUGAAAGUGAUGAUGUAUUGGUGGCAUCAAAUUAUCUGUUCGACGACCACAACAGAAUGGUGCAGAAAGACAGGCAGCAGUUUAAGGCGACUUCCUCCUGUUCCCCGAUGUCAGAUGAGCUGUCUUUGUACCUAGGUUCCCCGGUGGAGAAAAUAAAGGUAAACCCGCUUAGAUAUUGGAAACAAAUGCAAACCACCUAUCCUAACCUAACAAUGGUGGCAAAGCGGUGUCUGACUUCCGUGGCCACCUCGGUUCCUGGUAAAUGGCUUUACACCAAGGACGGAGAAAUGGAGAGCAUAUGGAGAGAGGAACUACAUGUAAUGCUGCGUUCAAAGUUAUUGUUUCUACGGAGUGCUGACAUUAGACUUUGGGAGUAUUGAUUGGGAGAGCCCCUCCCUCACACAGUUACUUAACUACCCUCCGCCCAUUCCAAGUUUUCUUGUUCUUUCCCUUUGUUAAACUCUCAGUUGUUGUUAUCGCAGUUUGGUUACCCCAGUCGGGACUUUAGAAGGGUUUAGCGGCUUAAUGUGUCUAAUCCCGGGGUUUUUAGACGCAAUAAUUAAUGAGCGCCUAAAAAACAAUUGAAUUGCUCCGUCGGGUGCACGUUAAUUAGUGCACAAUUGAAUCAUCCCCCCAAACUUUGAUAUCCAAACCUGGACCCUCAUUCCGAUGUGGGUGGAGCUGCGGCGCCUGCAGAAAAGUACCGAUGUUCACAUGCGACCUACCUUGGUUUCAGGGAAGGGACGAGGCAGGAUCUCCGUCGGAGAAUGGAGAUUUCCUGGACUCUAUGUAGGACUUGUGGUGGCCGGCUUGCGAGGCCUCAUGGGUCAUGCAGCCAGCCGAUGAUGUCGCAGUUGAUCCGAUACUGCGACUUGGAUGCAGGUCGGAUCAGUAAUGUAGCAGCAGCGAUAGUUCCUCCAACCAGGAGCCGCUCAAUUUGCCAGCUGUGGGGAUCCCGGCGGUCAGUAUACUGACGCGGGAAUCCCGACAGCUGGAAUACCGGCGCAUCAGGUCUAUUCCCACUCGUGGGUGUCCACAACACCCAUAGAGUGGGAAUAGAACUUGUGGCAAGCGCAGCGAGCUCGCAAGGGGACUCAUAGCAGGACGCUGCUGGCAUUUUGCCGGGUGGGAUGCCGCUGUUGGGAUACUGACAUUCGGCAUCCCACCCAGCAGCGGGAUUACGUAUAUGUAAUCUUCCCCCAACCGCAUCUGAAUUAGGGCCCUGAUUAUCUUUCUGUACGGUGCUUGAGUAGAACAAACCUGUUGGUUUUAUUUCUUUUGCUCCGUCUUUCCAUAUGCGACACGUUAUUGUCAUUUGAGGGCGGUUUUGUGUCCUCUGCAAAGGAUAGAUGCCUGUUUACUGUUUAUUUUCAGUUUAAACAAUUUUAUACCA